AUGCCUGUGGACGUGGAAAGGAUCAUUCAGUAUAUCAAACAGGGUGAUCAGGACAAUGUUCAGAUAUAUCUGGAUGAUUACAACACAGAGAACUCCCAGUGUUUCUUUGUCGAUGUGGAAGAAAGAGAAAGAAGAAAGUUUCUUGAACUUUCACUGUUUUAGUGUAGUGGUGAGCAUAAUGUUAGGAUGCCUGACGUUGGUAUAAUUUUUUUUUCACUAAUUCUGCUCUACAUGGAUGAUCUAAAACAGCAAAGGGAGCUGGAAGAGUUCCGGAGGAAUAAAGUGAGAGAGUUUGUUCCAGACUCUGACUCAGAUUUGGACUGUGAUGAAAAUGAUGAUGCAGAUCUGGCUUUGCGGAGGAGGCUUGCUGCAGCUCUGAUCUGGUUUAUUCGUAUGCAGCUGCAGCCAUGUGUUCUGAGGGAGUGUCUGCGAACUCUGAGAAUUAUCUCAAGGGAUCGUAAGGCCUUAGACCCUCUCAUCACAGAGUCUGCCAUUCUAACUCUUGCUCGACUUGGAGGCAUCUCUACCCUGCCUAUCUGUUCUGAAGAAGAGGACACUGAAGCUCAAUCGGGCUCCUCCGCUUGUGCCAUCAUUCUUGGGGCACAUGCACAGAGCGAAACCGAGGCCGGUCUAGAUAUUAAUGGCAGCAACACCCAAUACCACAUAACAUACAGUGAGACAGAUUCACAGGCAGCUUCGGCCUGUGUUGAUUCAUUGGUCAGUGAGAGAGGGUUCCAAUGCGCCAGGAUUCCUAUGAGCCAUUUAAAUACAACUAACUGUGAAUCAGUUACAGUCGAAACACAGACUAAGCACCAUGAAGAAAACCCAAAGAACGAUGUGGCCCUUGGAGUGCUGACUAGAAGAAAGAGGGAUGCCAGAGGAGAGAAGGAUGAGGAGGAAGAUGAUGGAGAGGUGUGGAGGAAAGAGGCCUUAAAGGCCCUGUGCAAUGUCAUCUAUAACAGUCCGAAAGCACAAGAGAGAGCAAGCAGUCUGAGGUUGCUCCAAGGCAUAUCAGAGAGGCUUAAAGAGGGUCUUAUAUGCCCCCCAAGUUGUCAAUUUUAUGAACUUCGACUUCUCUUUCUGUUGACUGCUCUACGACCCGAGCUUAGGGUGCAGCUCUGGCAGGAGCGUGGUGUGUCCCUGUUGUCUUCAGCUCUUGAACAGUGUUUAGAAGUGCGCUGGGGUGAAGGAUAUGAGGUGCUGACGGAUCUGACAGCGCCCCCUGUCAAUAAGGAGGUCUCUCAACGUGCCCUUGAGAUUCUGAAGACCUUGUUUAACAUUACCUAUACUGUCCACAGACAGGAACUAGAUGAGGAGGCUAGUGCUUUGUAUCGUCACCUAGCUGCAGUCCUGCGUCACAGCCUCGUAGUGCCCUGUGAAGGAGAGGACAGAAAAGAGGAGCUGCAGGGACACACAGUGAAUGUGCUAUCAACUCUACCACUGAAGUGUCUGGAUGUUCUGCUCGCUGUUCGUCUGUCUGAGGGUUCGAAAGAAUCCAGCGGAGUCAACAUGGACUGCGUGCACACUUUGCUGAUCUUCAUGGAGAAGAGAUUAGACAGAAAUCACAUGCUAAAGGAAAAGUUGACUCCUGUAUUGAACUUACUGAGUGAAAGCAGCAGGGCACACAGAGAAACCAGACACUAUCUGAGACAACAGAUACUGCCUCCACUGAGGGACGUUGAACUGAGGCCUGAACAGGGAAACACGUUGAGGAGCAAACUGGUGCGAUUGAUGACUCAUGUGGACACUGACAUCAAACACAGCGCAGCUGAGCUUCUAUUUGUACUUUGCAAAGAAAACGUGAGCAGAUUUGUGAAGUACACCGGCUAUGGUAACGCAGCAGGACUGCUGGCUGCCCGAGGUCUGCUGAAUGGCCGUGGCUCCUCUCCUCAGCCACAGUACUCCAGCGAUUCGGAUUCAGACACAGAGGAGUACAAACAGGUCAAGGACAGAAUUAACCCUGUGACAGGACGGGUGGAGGAGGAACAGCCUGAUCCCAUGGAAGGGAUGACUGAGGAGGAGAAAGAGGAAGAAGCGCUCAGACUCAUAAAUAUGUUCAACAAGCUGUCACGGGACAAUAUCAUUCAGCCAGUGGGGGUGACCACAGAUGGAAAACUGGCGCCGCUGUGUGACCAGAUGAGGCACAGCACUGUGGAAGUGGAGGAAGAAGAGGAGGGAGAAGACAGCGAGGCAGAUCAGUAAUAAAGCAAAGGGAAGAAAUUAUGAUUAAUGAGACAGGUGGAAAUUCUGGAUCAUUUUUUACUAAUGACUGCUAUGGCAAUUAACAUUAUUAACAACAACAGUGCAAGAAUAAUAGAAAAAUCUUAAAUAAAAUCACUUUAAAAUUAGGAAACAAGUUAUUCUCUUAGUUAAUUAUUUGUUGGGUUAGGAUGUUAAAAUAAUGCAGUACAUUUGUAUAAAAAGAUGUAAUAAGGAGCACUGCAAGGAAAGGAAAAAUAAAAAGCAGAAAUGUAUUUUAUGAGCAUGAAACAGCAGAGGUUGUAAUUUCUUAUAAUACAUUUUGUGAAGCUGAAAAUUGUAUCAACAAUAUGAUUUAGAAGCAGUUACAUUUAGAAGCUACAAAGAAACAAAGAGAGAGAGAGAGAGACAGCCAUCACACCAACGACAGACAAACACUCCUGGAAAAUGCUGCUGGUGUUGCCAUGGUUAUGUUACCAUGGUAACAACAGGAAAUGCAGUUCUAUUUUUUUGCUCUAGCAGGAAUGGAAUGUUUACCUUGAAGACUAGAACUGCUGAGACGGACAUGUAAUACUGUAUUUGCAGGUAUUCUGCAAUGAGAUAAAUAAAAAGUAUGUAAAUUCUCAAAGAUAUGUUUU